UUUCUGUACAUGCUGCGUGUGACGUCAGACAGACAGCAGGCACUAGCAGCCGGCACGGCACGCUGUGGGAUACCAGAACUCAACCCUUGUGUCUGGGAGGAGAAACAUGGCUACCGCAGUUUGAGAGCUGAACUCGUUCACAUGCUGUGCUUAGUGUGAUCAACAACGACGAGUGUUCAAGACGAUUGCUGAUAGUAUUGUAUAGACACGUGGACUGAGUGUUUUAACCUUUAAAUAAAAGACAGUUCACCAGAGUAUAAGAGAAGGCUGUGUGUUUAUGAGACCCGUCUGUGAAAUGAAAGAAGAGAUGGAUAUCUGCGCAUCCUCCGCGUCUCUCCUUGAGGAAGAACUCGCCUCUGCUAUCGAGCCUGCAGUGAAAGCGGCUGUGCUGAGCGUCAUGUCUGCGUUAGCAAAGUUCGUGGACAGUAAAUGUGCAGUUUUCAAUCUCAGACUGGACCAAAGAGACCAAGAAUUCGAAAGCGUGAGAUUGCGAUUGGAAAUAGCGGAGAGCGAGUUGAAAGCAGUAAGCGAACGAAAAUACACGAACACUGCCGAGAACGCCACACAGUCUGUCACGAACACCAACGAACAGCACAUUGAUCUCAUUCAUCUACCGACAAGGCAGAAGGAAGGGCACCGGGUGAAACGCGUUUCAUUUUACACUGAGGAUGAAUCAGUAAAUCACGAAUUCAACGACAGUAUUAUUGCUCACGGUCUGCCGGCGCGGGAUUUCUCUAAUCUUCCAGUUCAGCCAGUCAGGGAUCCGGUGCCUGCAGUCCACACCGCACUGAAAAACUCCCUGGUUUUAAUGCAGGAGGAUGGAAGCUAUUCCGAGCAGGACCUGCUGAUGCGAGGUGAUGACUCUGAACAGAGAGACCACACAAGCACAGCGGGGUGGAGAAGAGCACUGAAAGGUCCUUCAGAGAGAAAUGCUCUCCCUCAUGCUGAGGAAGGGUCGAAGGCAGAAUCAGUUCCCAUUCAAGAGGAGCUCUUUGACCAGGAAUGGUGCAGGAAUCCAGAGCAGGCUACAGAGCUGACAUCUAUUGAAGGGGAGGAGGACAAACCUGCACUAGAUCCUGUCCACAUUAAUGAAGAGAUCCCUGGAAUUGAACCAGUCAUCAUUAAAGAGGAGGUUCUUGAACUUGAAUCUGACCCCAUUGAAGAGCAAAUUCACACAGGAGAGCAACUGCAUCUCUGCCUGGUAUGUGGGAAGAGUCUCAGUACAUCAACAGAGCUGAAAAGACACCAUCGAAUUCACACAGGAGAAAGACCGUACUGCUGCACUGAAUGUGGAAAGAGUUUCAAUACCUCUACAGAUCUGAAAAGACACCGUCGCAUUCACACAGGAGAGGCGCCAUAUUCCUGCACUCAGUGUGAGAAGAGUUUCAAACAGCUGCAACAUCUUAAAUCACACCAGCGAAUUCACUAUGGAAAGAAGCUGUAUCACUGUAGUGAAUGUGAGAACAGUUUCUCUCAGUUAGGAACCCUGACAUUGCAUGAGCGACUUCACACAGGAGGGAAGCUGUAUACAGCAGCAGAGCUCAAAAUACACCAGCGAUCUCACACAGGAGAGAAACCCUAUCGCUGCACUGAGUGUGAGAAGAGUUUCAAACAAGUAUCCCGACUUAAAGCCCACCAGCGAAUUCACACGGGAGAGAGACGGUAUCAUUGUGCUGACUGUGGGAAGCGUUUCAUUCUGUCUUCAGACCUGAAAAGACAUCAGCGAAUUCACACAGGAGAGAAGCCGUAUAGCUGUGAUCACUGUGGGAAGAGAUUCAAUCGGGCAGGAAAUCUGAUGUCACACCUUGGAGUUCACACAGGGGAGCAGUCGGCUCACUGCGCUCAGUAAGAGAGAUGUAAUUUUCCACUCCCAGUUGUAAAAGCACACAGUAUCCAGACACUUCACUAGGAACAGUAGCACUGUGCCUCCAUCACAAGAUGACUCAGUCUAGUGGAAGCGGAGAGUAUAUAAGACCCUGAGAUGCAACUGGUCUUUUUGAUCCCUUUGUCAAAAUGAUCUUGUCUUCUGAUCCCUGAUUGUCUGAGUCAUUAAAAUGUAAAUUUUGGUAUUACUGAAUAAAUAGAUAUUCAUUUCUUCUUGAA